AUGACACCUAAUAUAUCUAUCUAUCUAUCAGUAUGUCAAUCUAUCUAUCUAUCUAUCUAUCUAUCUAUCUAUCUAUCUAUCUAUCUAUCUAUCUAUCAGUAUGUCAAUGAUUUAUUACUUUCUGAUCAUAUCUAUCUAUCUAUCUAUCUAUCUAUCUAUCAGUAUGUCAAUGAUUUAUUACUUUCUGAUCAUAUCUAUCUAUCUAUCUAUCUAUCUAUCUAUCUAUCUAUCAGUAUAUUUAUUCAGAUUCAUGUAUCUAUCAAAUUCUAUUCUGAUAUAACUGUCUAUUUCUCUGUCGCGUUUUAUUCAUAUCUAUCUAUCUAUCUAUCUAUCUAUCUAUCUAUCUAUCAUGGCCACAACACUAUCUAUCUAUCUAUCUAUCUAUCUAUCUAUCUAUCUAUCUAUCUAUCUAUCUAUCUAUCACAUUCUAUCUUAUUUCUUCCUCUUUUUUUUACUCAUCAGGAGCAUCCUAGAAAUGCUACUUUAAAUCGUUUUCCUUCCCGAACUUUGUAA